AUGGAAGAUCAAAGGAAUGUACAAGAAAACAAGAAACGAAAGCGUAAGUGCAAGCAAAAAGAAAAAGAAAACGGAGAAAAAGAACGAAAAAAAAACAUAAUAGAUAAUACAAAAGGGACGGAAAAGGGUCAAAUGAAACGAAAACUGCAGACAACUCAAAAGAAAGACGAAACUGUAAAGCACAAAAGAAAAAAAAUUGAACCUGAAAAAAGAAAUGAGAAGAAGGAGAAAAAAUUGGAAAAUCAAAAUAAAGUAAAUGGGAGACAAAAUGCAAGAGGAGAAAAAAGAAAAGAAGUAAAAGGGGAAGCGAACGUUAGCGAAGUGAAAAUCGAAAUAAAGAAGAAAAAAGGAGAAGGAGAAGGAGAGGGAGAGGCAGAGGCAGAGUCAAAGGCAAAGGCCAAAACAGUAAAAAAAGGCAAGAAAAAAAAAGUUACAAAGUUAAAGAAAGAUCAAGAUCAAAAACCUAAGCGAAAGAAAAAGGAAGAGAAAAAUAUAACGAAAGAAAAUACAAAUAAAAACCUAUUAAAGGAAAAGAGUAGUAUAAAAGGAAAAAGAAUCAGAAAUGGCGGUGAAAAGAAGAAUGAAAUAGUAAAACCAGAGAUAGACGAACCCAAAAAACAAAAUAAAUUCAAAAAAAAGACAGAAGAAACAGUGCAAAAACUACAAAAAGUACCAGAAGAACCAAGAGUAUCAACAGUACCAAAAGGACCAAGAGUAUCAAAAGUAGCAAAACUAACAAAAAAACCGACAGAGCUACAACUUUUGGAUGAAAGAGAGGCGAUUAAAAAAUUGUACUGGAAAAAAGAUAAAAAUGAGGAACAGGUUCAAAAUACAACCGCUCCAUAUAGUGAUUAUUUAAACCAAGGAUUUGAUGAUCCUUGGUUUAUUAUUUCAACUUUAUUUGAGCCUCAACCCAGCACAAGUGCUGCGUCGGUACAGUCUUCAAAUGUUUCAAAAAUAUUCAAAUCAAAAGAUAGGAAUACACAGUAUACGUAUAAUUAUGAAUUCGGUGAGACUAAAAAUCUCAGAUGA